CCAUUUGGAACUGUUUACAGAAGUGAUUGACACGUGUCCCAUUUCAAACCAGAGAAGAAAAUUUGGAAAUCCACCAUCAAAUCUUUGGAGCAAAAGCAAGAAAAUAAGAACCCAUACCCAAUAUUUAUAUCUAUAAGAAGAAAGAAAUCUUAUGACACUAGAAGGCUAAGCAAACUAUUCCAGAGAUGGCAGGAGACUCAAUUCAUUCUUUCAUGCUGUUUUUCUUAGCCACUACUCUCCUUCUAAGCAACAGUGUGAGCUUUACAGUGGACCGCUUGUUCUCAAGUGGCCCUCCUCCUUCAAUCUUUGUGUUUGGAGAUUCAUUGAGUGAUACUGGAAAUGCAGUUGAAGCUUACUCAUUUUACAAUCAAGCUGAGAAGUCGCCAUAUGGCUCUACCUUCUUCCAUUCUCCUUCUGGGCGAUUCUCAGAUGGUCGUUUGAUUAUAGAUUUCUUGACUUCUAAAUGGGGAUUACCAUUUCUUCAACCCUAUUUCAGCAAUAUUGCUCCCAACUACAGACAUGGCAUCAAUUUUGCAGUUGGAGGAGCAACAGCACAAAACAUCACUGAUCCAGUGGUUUUCUUCCUUCACCUACAGAUUAAUCAUUUCCUUAGUUUCAAGCACAAGGUCUACAGUUCCUUAAAUGCCAAACAUAUAUCCAGAUGUGCAGUUUCUCAUGUUCCUCCAGUGGAGGCAUUCAACAAUGGGCUUUAUGUGAUCUGUAUUGGCUCCAAUGACUUCCUCAGAGCUAUUUUAAGGGAUAAUCUAACCCCUACAGUAGUAAAACAGAAGACAGUUCCUUUGGUAAUAUCAGCAAUCACAAAAGCCAUAAAAGAUCUCCACAAGGAAGGAGCAAUGAAUUUCUUGGUCUUCAACUUCCCAGCCUUCGGAUGUACACCAUUAGCAUUGACUCUGGGUUCUAUGGGACCAUUCAAUUCGACCGAUCAAUUUGGAUGCCUUCAAGUGUACAAUGCUGUUGUGGAUUUUGCAAAUGUUGGGUUGGAAAAAUCCCUUCAUGUUCUCAGUAACAAGUUCAGUAAUAUACAUGUCGCAUUAGUGGACUUCCAGAAGUUCACAUUUGAUGUGGCUGCAAACCCUGAAAUCUAUGGAUUCAGGAGAAGUGAGAAGUUCAAGGCUUGUUGUGGCUACGGAGGAGGCCCCUAUAACUACAACCCAUUGAUUUCAUGUGGAAAGAAUGCAGAAGCAAAAGCUUGUAGUAAUCCAAGGGAGUAUACCAGUUGGGAUGGCUUGCAUCCAACCGAUGCUUUCAACCAACGUUUUGUAGAGGAGUUGACGAAGGGGACGCACUACAGGAGAUCCAUUGGUGGCUGAAUUCUGCUAGAAUAUAGUAAAGCAGAAGUGGAAAUAUGUACUUUUCUUACUAAUUCUGAACAAAUUCAUGAACGUUCAAGUAGAGGAUGGUACAAUGUUAGGUAUCAAUCAGCCUCUUUGGGUUCUCUUCUGAGACAGUAACUGGAGUGGUACUUCCCGGAUUGGUUGUUGAUUACUCGACUCUUAAAAUUA